GUUAUGACAGAGAGCUGCUUGUCAACGGCGGGUGUGGCAGAAAAUGAAAUCGUAUAGACAUUGGUUUAUUGUUUUCCAAUGUAUAACAUAUUUGUUUGUACGGGAAACCUCCAGUGCUCAGUGUUGGCUAAAUGGGGACGAACUGAGCCUGGAAAACACAAAUGGAACAAGUGCUUCCCUGAGACGGAAAGAAGGGCUUCUGACGUGCCCUGGUCCAGGUGACCCUAGUCAUUAUACAGAGUGCUGUUGGGAUUCACGUUAUCAGUGCUGCCCUGUCCAGUCAGCAGCCUCAAUGGAUGAUCAGCUUGUGAAGGUUGUUGGUGUUGCUGUCAUAUCCUCCUGCCUACUCCUGACUGUGGGUACUAUUGUCUGCUGCUUCUGGAGCCGGUGCCCUCUCUACAAUGCCUGUCGCAUCAACUACACACAUGGCACCAGUAUAGCAUAUGCCAAAGAUGAUGAUGUAGCAAAUGGAAUAAUGCCUCCAGAAGAAAAAAGCAAUCAGCAUCACUAUACACCAAAUGCUGUAAACAUCAAACAAUUUGAAAAUGUCUAGAUCUCAGUGAUUAAUGUUUUAAAGUUCCUAGUUGGUAAUAUGGAGAUUUUUUUUAUUUUUAUUCUUUUUUUGUCUUGGUGUUGCACAGAAGUAGCCUGUAAGAUACUUACAGGAACUUGCAAAUGACCACAAUGAUAUUAUAGUAAUUUGAAUGCAUGAGAGAGAUUCACUUCUGAACCAAAGAAAAAUCAAAAAACACUCCAUAGUCUGUAUAAUAGCAUUUAUAACUAAUUUAUAACUAUGUACAACUUUGGCAGCAGUGGCAUUAUUUUUGUGUGUUUUAAAGUGGUAUAAUUUUAGGAAGCAAUUCUAUUCUAGACACCUUACAAGAAAUACUGUAAUGGUAUAAUUAUGCUCGAGCAUUAGAUGGGUGUGGCAUGCUGAACACACACUGGAUAAUGUCCACAAAUGUCAGUGACAUGUAUAUGUGAAUUCUGUUUCUGUGAGUGGUAGUCUGAUUGCUUAUAGUAGGACCGCACAGACAGUUUGAAGCUUGGUAGCUCUCGGUUUGUGUGCCAUGCUCAUUGUGUGCCAUUUCUUCUAUCAGCAAAAUUAUGUUAAUGUAGCAGUUUUGACCUCUGUCCUAUAGAUCUUAUUGUUCAACUUGAACAGAAAGAUUUCACAUUGUUGUGUAAGGGAAGUGUGUAAAUUUUCAGCAACCACAUGAAACUGGAAGAGAAGCAGUGGGUGAAGAGAAUGGGAUGACGAAAGAAUGGGAAAUGUUGUACAGAAACAGAUGUUUUCAGUCUUGUGAAUUAGUAAUUAGGGUAGCAUAAUUUCUUUAACUGAUGAUGUACUGAAAAGUCAAAACUACAUUUUGUAAAUAAGCUAUUGCAAUUAGCUUCUACGUAUGUCUAUAAACUUCAUUGUGAGUCUAUGUGGUAUGAAAAUUUUCACUUGGGUUGUUUGUUAAAUGUAUGAAAUUAACUUGACAGUUGUUCUCAUGUGGUUGUACUAGAUACUGGAAUUAGCACUGUUUUUAGUGAAUGUAUAUUGCUAAGUAGUAUUUUGGAUAAGGCUGCUCUGACACAGCCUUUGGUGUCUAGUGCCUUAUAUUUUAUGCCAUCACUAAGAGCUUCUUAACUGAAGUGUCUUCAAAUCUAUCAGAAUGCUAAGACUGUAAUUUCUCUGCUCAGCCAUAAAAAGUCCAGUCCACAAUUAUAACAGACCACUUUUGUACAUUUAGUUAAAAUUUGCUUUCUAGGAAACUUUCUGUCAGAUAUGCACAUUCACAGGAUUAGUUUGUUUGAUGGAAGAAGUUGUUAGUUUCUGGAAUAACUAUAUUCUCUCUUGCUGCAAGCUUUUAUGCUGUGGGCUAUAACAACAGAUAGUAUAAUAAUAAUAAUUUAGCAUCAUCACCACAAUCUUACUUCUAGCCAUGCUAUAUGUUUUGUUACUUCCUCUUGUACAUAACGGUUACCAUUUUGAAGCUUUAUGAUAAUUAAUUCUAUUGGUGAAGUUGACAGAAAGUAGACCGAACAAAAUAAUGCAUGAGUACUGACAAGAAGAACCUCUGUGCCAUAUAUUAUAUUUUAAAAAGUGAUAAAAGGAUGUAGUUGCAUCACAGUUUUUAUCUUCACGAGCGUCAGUUAUCUUUGUCGUUGAUGGAAGUAUAGAUGUAAAUUCUCCAAGAGCAACUGACCUACUUUGAUUUAUUAUUUCUUUAUGUGUGUAUCUCCAUUUGUGUUUGAUACUCCCAUAUCAGAACAGAGCUAGACAUCUGGAACUUAUUAUUUCAGGGUAAUCAUGUGCGGCAACAACUAUCCAUAAAGAAAGAUUUUGCAAGGAAACAAACUGUUAUCAGUUCAAUUGAUUAAUU